GCGGCCCUGGUGGCGGGUCGCGCUGCGAGUCUCGCGUGGGAGGCGGCCGGCGCGGGUCCCGGCCCUGCGGAGAGCGCGCUGCGCGCCCCCUUCUCCCCGGGAGCGACGGGCCGCGGAAGUGACGUGUGCGGGAGCAGGAGCUCGUUUGAAUCGGUUCCCGGGUGAUCCUCGCGCCUGCCGCUGCUCGGCCGCCGCCUCCGCCGCUGAGGGAGGAGCUGCAGCGCGCCGGGCUAGAGGCCUCGCACCGCCGCGGGGGCUGGAGCCGAGGGCGCCGCGCGGAGUCUGCACCUCGGCCCCGAGCCCGGCCGCGGCAGGCGCCGGCGCCGGCGCUGCUGUGUUUUUCUCCUUUCCCCCAAUAUGGCAGCGGCCGCCGGCGGCGGCGGCGGCGGCGGCGGCGGCGGGCGGCCCUCAGCGGGGACUGGCGAGGACGGCGGAGGCGACGGCUGCAGGACGGUGUACUUGUUUGACCGGCGCGAGAAGGAGUCCGAGCUCGGGGACCGGGUGCUGCAGGUCGAGGAGCGCUCGGACUACGCAAGGUUCCGCGCCUCCGUGUGUCAGACACUUGGCAUUUCACCUGAAGAGAAAUUUGUUAUUACAACAACAAGUAGGAAAGAAAUUACCUGUGAUAAUUUUGAUGACACUGUUAAAGAUGGAGUCACUCUAUACCUGCUACAGUCAGUCAAUCAGCUACUACUAACAGCUACAAAAGAACGAAUUGACUUCCUACCUCACUAUGAUACACUGGUUAAAAGUGGCAUGUAUGAAUAUUAUGCAAGUGAAGGACAAAAUCCUUUGCCAUUUGCUCUUGCAGAAUUAAUUGACAAUUCAUUGUCUGCUACUUCUAGAAACACUGGUAUUAGAAGAAUACAGAUCAAAUUGCUUUUUGAUGAAACACAAGGAAAACCCGCUGUUGCAGUGAUAGAUAAUGGAAGAGGAAUGACCUCUAAACAGCUUAACAACUGGGCCGUGUAUAGGUUGUCAAAAUUCACAAGGCAGGGUGACUUUGAAAGUGAUCAUUCAGGAUAUGUUCGUCCAGUACCAGUGCCACGCAGUUUAAAUAGUGAUAUUUCCUAUUUUGGUGUUGGGGGCAAACAAGCUGUUUUCUUUGUUGGACAAUCAGCCAGAAUGAUAAGCAAACCUGCAGAUUCCCAAGAUGUUCAUGAACUUGUACUUUCUAAAGAAGAUUUUGAGAAGAAGGAGAAAAAUAAAGAGGCAAUAUAUAGUGGCUAUAUCAGAAACAGAAAGGCAUCUGAUUCUGUUCACAUUACAAAUGAUGAUGAAAGAUUUCUACAUCAUCUUAUCGUAGAGGAGAAGGAAAAAGAUAGCUUUACUGCUGUGGUUAUCACAGGAGUACAACCAGAACACAUACAGUACUUGAAAAAUUAUUUCCUUCUUUGGACAAGACAGUUAGCGCAUAUUUAUCAUUACUAUAUUCAUGGCCCAAAAGGAAAUGAAAAACAUACAUCAAAAGAAGUUGGACCUUUCAACAACAUUGAUAUUGAAAUUUCUAUGUUUGAAAAGGGGAAGGCACCUAAGAUUGUCAACCUAAGGGAAAUAGAAGAUGACAUGCAGACGUUGUAUAUAAACACAGCAGCUGAUAGUUUUGAGUUCAAGGCUCAUGUUGAAGGAGAUGGUGUAGUGGAAGGGAUUAUUCGAUAUCACCCUUUCUUAUAUGAUAGAGAAACUUACCCUGAUGAUCCAUGCUUUCCAUCAAAAUUAAAAGAUGAAGAUGAUGAUGAUGAUUGUUUCAUACUUGAGAAAGCUGCAAGAGGGAAAAGGCCUAUUUUUGAAUGUUUUUGGAAUGGACGACUAAUACCAUAUACAUCUGUUGAAGACUUUGACUGGUGUACUCCUCCAAAGAAGAGAGGGCUUGCACCAAUUGAAUGUUACAAUAGAAUAUCUGGUGCAUUAUUCACCAAUGACAAAUUCCAGGUCAGCACAAAUAAACUGACUUUUAUGGAUCUUGAGCUAAAGUUGAAAGAUAAGAACACCCUUUUUACAAGGAUUUUAAAUGGACAGGAGCAGCGAAUGAAAAUUGACAGAGAAUUUGCUUUAUGGUUAAAGGACUGUCAUGAAAAAUAUGACAAACAAAUAAAAUUUACAUCUUUUAAAGGAGUUAUUACACGUCCCGAUCUUCCUUCUAAAAAGCAGGGCCCCUGGGCAACAUACUCAGCAAUAGAAUGGGAUGGAAAAAUAUACAAAGCAGGACAGUUGGUCAAGACAAUCAAGACACUUCCUCUCUUUUAUGGAAGCAUAGUAAAAUUUUUUCUUUAUGGUGAUCAUGAUGGAGAAGUAUAUGCCACAGGAGGAGAGGUGCAGAUUGCAAUGGAACCUCAGGCGCUAUAUGAUGAAAUAAAAACUGUGCCAAUUGCAAAGCUCGAUAGGACAGUUGCUGAGAAAGCUGUCAAAAAAUAUGUAGAAGAUGAAAUGGCAAGACUCCCUGAUAGAUUGUCAGUAACUUGGCCUGAAGGAGAUGAAUUAUUGCCAAAUGAGAUUAGGCCAGCUGGAACCCCCAUUGGUGCAUUAAGAAUUGAAAUACUGAAUAAAAAGGGGGAAGCAAUGCAAAAGCUUCCAGGAACAAGUCAUGGAGGAUCAAAGAAACUCCUGGUUGAGCUCAAAGUUAUAUUACAUUCUUCCAAUGGAAAUAAAGAAAUCAUUUCACAUAUUAGUCAACAUGGAGGAAAAUGGCCUUACUGGUUUAAAAAAAUGGAAAAUAUUCAAAAGUUGGGGAAUUAUACAUUGAAAUUACAAGUUGUAUUGAAUGAAAGUAAUGCAGACACUUAUGCAGGAAGACCACUACCUUCGAAAGCAAUUAAAUUUUCUGUUAAAGAGGGUAAACCAGAAAAGUUUUCAUUUGGUCUUAUGGAUCCUCCUUUUCGUGUUGGAGUCCCAUUCAAUAUCCCUCUGGAGUUUCAGGAUGAAUUUGGUCAUACUAGUCAAUUAGGAAAUGAUAUUCAGCCAGUAUUUGAAGCAAGUGGUUUAUCUUUACAUUAUGAAGAAAUAACCAAAGGACCGAAUUGUGUGAUUCGAGGUGUUACAGCUAAGGGCCUUGUAAACUCUUGUCAAGGCAAGAAUUUUAAUUUGAAGGUUAUUCUGCCGGGUUUAAAAGAAGACACACAGAUUUUAAAAAUUAGAUUACUACCAGGUCCCCCUCAUCGAUUGAAAGUGAAACCUGAUUCUGAAAUUUUAGUUAUAGAAAAUGGAACAGCUUUCCCAUUUCAGGUAGAAGUUUUGGAUGAAUCAGACAAUAUAACAACACAACCAAAAUUGAUUGUUCAUUGUAAGUUUUUAGGUGCUCCAAACCUUCCAGUGUACGUUGUAGAUUGCAGCAGUUCUGGGACCAGUAUUUUAACAGGAUCUGCGAUUCAAGUGCAGAACAUUAAAAAAGACCAGACUCUUAAAGCAAAAAUUGAAAUACCUAGCUGUAAAGAUGUGGCGCCCGUGGAGAAGACUAUUAAGUUGCUUCCUAGUAGCCAUGUUGCAAGAUUACAGAUAUUCAGUGUAGAAGGACAAAAGGCAAUCCAGAUCAAACAUCAGGAUGAGGUUAAUUGGAUAGCAGGCGAUACUAUGCAUAAUCUUAUUUUUCAAAUGUAUGAUGAAGGAGAAAGAGAAAUUCAUAUAACAUCAACUUUAGCAGAUAAAAUUAAAGUUAAUUGGACUCCUGAGAUUAACAAAGAACACUUGCUACAAGGUCUGCUUCCUGAUGUACAAGUGCCAACAUCUGUGAAAGAUAUGCGUUAUUGCCAGGUUUCAUUCCAAGAUGAUCAUGUGUCUUUGGAAAGUGCAUUUACAGUAAGACCACUUCCUGAUGAACCUAAACAUCUAAAAUGUGAAUUAAAAGGAGGAAAAACAGUACAGAUGGGCCAAGAGCUUCAAGGAGAAAUAGUUGUAAUAGUUACAGAUCAGUAUGGAAAUCAGAUUCAAGCAUUUUCACCAAGUUCAUUAUCUGCCUUGGGAAUUGCUGGGAUUGGACUUGAUAGCUCUCAUUUGAAAACUACCUUUCAGGAAAAUACACAAAGUAUAAGUGUAAAAGGCAUCAAAUUUAUUCCAGGCCCUCCUGGAAAUAAGGAUCUUUGUUUUACUUGGCGUGAAUUUUCUGACUUUAUUCGAGUGCAGCUAAUUUCUGGACCACCAGCAAAAGUUCUCCUUAUAGACUGGCCAGAAUUAAAGGAGUCCAUUCCAGUGAUAAAUGGAAGAGAAUUACAGAAUCCUCUCAUUGUUCAGCUUUGUGAUCAGUGGGAUAAUCCAGCACCUGUAUCACAAGUUAAAAUAAGUCUCAUAAAAGCUAACAAUUUAAAGCUCACGCCUUCAAAUCAACAGCAUAAAACAGAUGAAAGGGGCAGGGCUAAUUUGGGAGUGUUCAGUGUUUAUGCCCCUAGAGGAGAACAUAUGAUGCAUGUUAGAGCCAUCUAUAACAAGAAUAUCAUAGAAGGACCUAUAAUUAAGUUAAUGAUUCUUCCAGACCCUGAAAAACCUAUUCGUCUCAAUGUUAAAUAUGACAAAGAUGCUUCCUUUUUAGCAGGGGGUAUUUUCACUGAUUUUAUGAUUACUGUUAUUUCUGAAGAUGACAGUAUCAUUAAAAAUAUUAAUCCAGCACGUAUUUCCAUGAAAAUGUGGCAGCUGUCUAACAGUGGGAACCGACCACCAGCAAAUGCAGAAACAUUUAGUUGUAAUAAAAUAAAAGAUAAUGACAAGGAAGAUGGCUGUUUCUACUUCAGGGAUAAAGCAAUUCCUAACAAAGUGGGAACAUACUGUAUCCAGUUUGGUUUUAUGAUGGAUAAAGCAAAUAUUCUUAACAGUGAACAGGUUAUAGUUGAUGUUCUCCCUAAUCAGCCUGUGAAGUUAGUGCCUAAAAUCCAACCAGCUACACCAGCUGUUUCAAAUGUUCGCUCAGUUGCCAGCAGGACCUUGGUCAGAGAUUUACAUCUUACUAUUACGGAUGACUACAACAAUCAUACCGGAAUUGAUUUGGUUGGCACUGUAGUAGCUACCAUUAAAGGAUCUAAUGAGGAAGAUACAGAUACACCACUCUUUAUCGGGAAAGUGAGAACACUUGAAUUUCCCUUUGUGAAAGGUUCAGCUGAAAUCACGAAUCUAGUGCUGGCGGAAAAUAGUCCUGGAAAGGAUAGUACUGAAUAUUUUAUUGUAUUUGAGCCUCAGCUACCAGCUCUGUCAAGAACAUUAGAAUCAUAUAUCCUACCAUUUAUGUUUUACAAUGAUGUCAAGAAGCAGCAACAAAUGGCAGCACUUACAAAAGAAAAGGACCAGUUAUCUAAGAAUAUUAUAAUGUAUAGAAGUUUAUUUGAAGCCAGCAAUCAGCUUCUUGAUGAAAUGAAGUGCCGAGUUGAAGAAGCAAAAUUAAAAGAGGCUCAGUUGCAAAAUGAACUAAAAACACAUAAUAUUGACAUCCCUACAACACAACAGAUGCCACACAUUGAAGCACUUUUGAAAAGAAAGCUAUCAGAACAGGAAGAACUGAGGAAAAAACCUAGAAGAUCGUGUACUCUUCCAAACUAUACUAAAGGCAGUGGAGAUGUUUUGGGAAAGAUUGCACACCUGGCCCAAAUCGAAGAUGAUAGAGCUGCAAUGGUUAUUUCUUGGCAUCUGGCGAGUGACAUGGACUGUGUAGUCACCCUGACCACUGAUGCUGCACGUCGCAUCUAUGAUGAAACCCAAGGUCGUCAACAGGUCUUGCCCUUGGAUUCUAUUUAUAAGAAGACUCUUCCAGAUUGGAAAAGACCUCUACCUCAUUACCGAAAUGGAAAAUUGUAUUUUAAACCCAUUGGAGAUCCAGUCUUUGCCCGAGAUUUGUUAACAUUUCCAGAUAAUGUAGAACAUUGUGAAACAGUAUUUGGUAUGCUGUUAGGAGACACCAUUAUUUUGGAUAAUUUGGAUGCUGCCAAUCAUUAUAGAAAAGAGGUUGUUAAAAUUACACACUGUCCUACACUGCUCACCAGAGAUGGAGAUCGCAUUCGAAGUAACGGAAAGUUUGGGGGUCUUCAGAAUAAAGCUCCUCCGAUGGAUAAACUUCGGGGAAUGGUAUUUGGAGCUCCAAUACCAAAACAGUGCCUGGUCUUAGGGGAACAAAUAGAUCUUCUCCAACAGUAUCGUACUGCUGUGAACAAGUCGAACAGUGUGAUCGAGGACCUUAACCAUCAGUUAGAGUACCUUCACACUCCUGAUAUGAAGAAGAAAAAACAAGAACUUGAUGAACAAGAAAAGAAUCUGAAACUGAUCGAGCAAAAACUAGGUAUGACUCCCACACGGAAGUGUAAUGACUCAUUGCGCCAUCCAGCAAAGGUUGAAAUGACAGAUUGUCCAAUUCCUCCUAAAAGAAUGAGAAGAGAAGCUUCAAGACAAAAUAGGAUUAUAACCAAAUCAGAUGUGUGAACAAUUACAGAGAAGAGGAGGCCAUUGGUCUCAUGAAGAAUGCUCUGCCUUCUGCAGCUCUGUUUCAGAAGACCGAGAGGGUGACUUACCGGACUGAAUAUUUCUGGGGACAAUACGAUUAUCUGGGCAUGCGUUUCCAUGUCAAUCCAAAUGGGACUGGAAACAGCUCUUCAAUUUUAUGAAUCUCACGGGACAGUAUGGAUUUACUGGAAUUAUUCCAGUCGUCAUGCCCUUUGGUUGCAAAUGUAUCAGAGGAAAAUGUGCAAACAUUGCAGUGACUGUAAAACUGGCACAUAGCAUUUAUUAAUCCUGAAGAAAAGCAUAUGUACUAUUUUUCAGUAUGAUUAUCAUGGAUAUGCUAGAACUAUUUCUUGAAAACAAACCUUUUUAUUGCUUCUGUGUGAAUUUAUUUAACAAAACUUUUUUGUCUGUUGAGUCUAAGGAAAGCUCUAGAGGUUAAGUAUUUAAAUGUAAAUAUGUGAGGAAACUCUUAAUGAAGAAUUCAGAAUAAAAAUAGAAAAAGCACAGGUAUCUGGAAAUUCAAAUGUUGAGAUACAGGGAGAAAAAAUUGAUGAGUGAAUUUGUAACAGCAGUAGCAUUUUAAAUUUCUAAAGACUUACCUGUAUAUAUAUAUAUACAUAUAUAUAUAAACUAUGCAGCAGCAAUUUUUUAAAGUAUUGUUUGACUUUAUUAAUACUAGAUGAUAUAGUCUCAGCCUUAAUUCUACAUUUUCAUUAUUUUGUAAUUUUUUAUUACUAUUUUUAAAGGGUUACAGAAGUCGUACACUCCCACAUUAAUAAUAAUCUGCUAGAAAGUUGCUGCAAAAACGUUAAAAUUCUGUGUUGAUUCAAGCUAAUGUAUGUCAAUAUAUAUGUUUUUGUGUAAGUCCAGGACUAUUGGUUUGUGAACUUAUUUUGUAAGGAAAUGCUUUUGGUACAGUUUUGUGUCCCAGGAAAUGUGUGUGUUUUUAAUCCUUUCUGAAUAUACAGUGAGGUUAAUAAAGAGGAUUGUUUCUUCCCUAUUAAAUACAUAAGUGUUUUCCUUUUUUAACACUGAAAGCUCUCUAAAAGUUACUUGGUAAAAACUAUUACAAUAUUGAUUUAUCUUUAUAACUGGAAGUCAUUUAACUUUUGUUGAAGAAGGAAAUAAAUUGGCAAUAAUCUAGCUAAAGGAAAGAAUAGAUUCCUUUUAAAUGACACUUUCUUACUAGUUAAAUGUUAGUGCUAAAAAAAGAGUUCCAAAAAAAAGAGUAUAGUCAUAUACUUUUGACUAUAUGACUUAUUUACAAUCAUUAUGAAAUGGGUGAGAUUGUUAUAUUUUUAGUAUGUAAUUUUCUAAUUAUACGUGUUAGUAAAAUGUUUGCAUUUA